AAGGGAAAACAUGUUGUAUCCUUGUUGUAGGAAUGGCAGGAUCAGGAAAAACGACUUUUUUACAAAGAUUAAAUGCUCAUUUACGUAGUCAAGAAAAAAUUCCAUAUAUUAUUAAUCUUGGUAAAUUGUACAGCAUUUUUUGUUUUAAAUAUUUAGUUUUUUUCCUAUAAAAUUAGAUCCGGCAGUUUUAUCGGUUCCAUACAAUCUGAAUAUUGAUAUUUGUGAUACAAUUAAUUAUAAAGAAGUCAUGAAACAAUAUAAUCUUGGGCCAAAUGGUGCUAUUCUUACAUCAUUAAAUCUUUUUGCUACAAAAUUUGAUCAAGUACUUGCAAUUCUUAAUAAACGAACACCAUCAUAUGUUCUUUUUGAUACACCAGGUCAAAUUGAGAUAUUUACAUGGUCUGCUUCUGGUUCUAUUAUAACAGACGCUUUAGCUUCAUCUUUUCCUACUUGUAUUGCCUAUAUUGUUGAUACAGUGCGUUCUAGAUCCUGUACGACAUUUAUGAGUUCAAUGUUGUAUGCAUGUUCAAUUCUUUAUAAAACAAAAUUGCCAAUUAUUAUUGUAUUCAACAAGACAGAUGUACAAGACGCAACAUUUGCAAAAGAAUGGAUGACUGAUUUUGAGGCUUUUCAGGCAGCUCUUUCUAAAAAUGAAGGGAAUACAGAAGGAGUAGGGGGGUCUGGUUAUAUGUCUAGUUUAAUAAAUAGUAUGAGUCUUAUGCUUGAAGAAUUUUAUCGUCAUCUAGACGUUGUUGCAGUUUCUGCUGCAACAGGAUUAGGAAUGGAUGAUUUUUUGGCAGCUAUUGAACAUAAAGUGGAAGAAUAUGAAUCUAAUUAUCGUCCUGAGCUUGAACGACUUAUUAAGGAGAAUAAAGAUAGAAAGAAAAAAGAAAAAAUGAAUAAUUUAGAACAACUUAUAAAUAAUAUUGAUAUUAAUGGCGAAGAGGUUCGUACUGGUGUUCAAAUACAAACACUAUCAGAUAUUGAAGAUGAAUCAGACGAUAAUGCACAAGGCUUUAUUGAUACAGAUGAGAUAGAUAUACCCGACACUUUAAAGGAUUCUAAUACAUUGUUUUAAAUUAUAAAAAUUAUUGGAUAAUUUUAAAUAUGCAUUUUUCAGAUUUUUAUUAGACUCGUAAGAGUCUAUUAUAUUACAAUAACAAAGUAUAGAACUAUAUAUAUCAUUAUAUAAAAUUCUACAAAUAGCUUCUGAAUACAGUAAAUUUAUUUUAAAAUAAAGACGAACAUAAUACUGUAUCAAAAUGACG